GGUAGUGUCUCAAGAGGAAAUUGCCCAUGAGAACAGGCGUGUAUUGAAAUGGAUGAACAUGUUAAAAGACUGGAAACGAUUUUGUGCAAAUAACCCGAAAGUGGUGAAGCGUCGAAUCCGUAAAGGAAUCCCAGAUUCACUUAGAGGACGUGUUUGGUUUUUACUCCUUUCCUCUGAUGUCUGCGCUGAUAUUUACUAUCAGCGUUACAAGACACUAGCUGAAAUACCUCCAGAUCCUACGGACGAAACUAUGCGUGAGGGAGGUGUUAUCGAUAGGGACAUCGGUCGGACAUUCCCUGAGCACGCACAUUUUUGUAAAGCGAAAGGAGCUGGACAGGAUUCAUUGAGUCGAGUAUUGAGGGCAUUCGCCAACAGCGAUACCACGGUUAGAUACACACAAAGUAUGAAUUAUAUCGCAGCAUACUUAUUGAAUUACAUGACCGAAGAAAAGGCAUAUCUGUGCUACUGCCAACUCCUAUGGAUGCCUCCCUACAAUAUGAUGAAUUAUUUCUGUGAUGGCAUCGGAGAGCUUCAUAUCGCCCUAUACAAGAUGCAAAGACUGUUAAAACGGCAUUUACCAAAACUCUACAAGUUCCUUCUGGAGCAGGAUAUUCUUCAAAAUAUGUUCGCCAUCAGCUCCUGGUUCAUGUGCAUAUACUGCCAGAACUUUGAUCCAAAACUUGUGGUGCGCAUCUGGGAUAUCUUCUUUGCGGAGGGGUGGCCGAUUGUCUUCCAGGUGGCUCUCGCAUUGUUCCAAUCCAUCCAGGGUUUUGGUUGCUACGGGGACUUAUUUGUAGAUGAGAUUAUGACACUUACUAGCGAUGAGAUUCUGGUUCUUAUUCAGCAUGGAAGUCUUUCGUUUGACUAUAAUGACCGGUGGAUCACGAAUCUUACUCCCGACGAGCUUAUUAAGAAGGCUCUCAAGUUCAAUGUUACGGAGAAGGAUCUUGAAAAAUACCAUAAGGAAUACACUCGCAGGGAACUAAAACGGAAAAACUUGGCAAACUACAGUGUUUGUUUUACAACCUCCAAUGGAUACUCAGCAAGAAGAAAGUGUCGCAUGCGGGACUGUGAACGAGUUUUUGGAAAACUAUAA